AGUUGCAUCUUUCACAGACGGAAGUACACCCCAGCUGCUGGGCGGCGGAACCAUAGACAGUUAAAGAAACACUAGCUAUGCUAUAGACUAUGGCGGAACAUUAGCUUUGGCAACAAUGGUGCUUAAACAGUGUCAUUUGCGACUUACACGUUUUGGUGUAAACCAUGACAUUUCUUUUAAUCAACACAGAGAUAGCGGUUUUCUUUUGACCGCUGUCAACAAGUCACCGUGUGUCCGAUGUAUCGUCCCUCCAGCUUUUAGGAACUUUGACAAAAGGAGAGGGAGACGAGCUGGACUGACGAGCGGGCUUCUAGGUCUUUCUGCAGGGACGCAGAUGUCCGCGAGAGAGCUGAGUUCUUCCACCAACGCCUUCCUGUAUUUGAACCCAGACGUACCAAAGUCUGAAAGCGGGAAGCUGCUUUUUGAUACGCAUGCGGUGGUGCAACUCUUUGAGAAAUAUGGCUUCCCAACUCAGCAAGCUGAGGUGAUGGUUAAAGUUCUGGUGAGGAUGACCAACUCUAACAUGGAUGUCAUCUAUAAUGACAUGGUAACCAAAGUGCUGCAGGAGAUCAUGUUGCAGCGUGUGAUGUCUCAAAUAGUGGUUGUAAAGAAGGACAUGAUAAUCCUGGAGAAGAGUGAGUUCUCUACUUUACUGGCGGAAAGUGAGAAACUCGAGAUCCAGUUAUUGCAGCUCAAGGUCCAACUGGCUGUAAGCGCUCAUUCUACUUUACUCAAAACUAGAGCCCGACCGAUUUUUGUUCAUCUUUCAGGUUCAGUGUUCACCUGUCUCACUGUGGUCUUGGGUUUCUAUCGUAUUUGGAUGUAGGCAGGACCAUACUCUACAUAUGAAGUUCAUAUAACCCUCGGUGACUCAUGUGGGGAAGUUUGCGUUCCCUGGUGCAAUCCAGUGUUCAUUUUGUCACCCAUUUUUGAUUUAGUCUUGUGCCAAAUGUCCUUUUAAUUAUAGUCAUAUUUAGUCAUUAUCAUGUUUUUUGUUAGUCAAAUUUUAGUCAACUAAAAGUCUCAUCAUUUUAGUCUAGUUUUAGUCAAACAUUU